AUGAGUGAUUUUGAAGAUUCGGAUGACUAUCUUAUGUCUAGUUCUUCAUCUGAAGACGAAGACGAAUUAGAAUUAAUUAAUAUCCCUAAAAAAAGAAACGAAAAUUUUUUAGAAGAAAUUGUACCACAAUAUGACAAUGAAACAUAUUUUGGACAUUUCCGGAUCAGCCGUCAUGUUUCAACAAUGAUUGCUCAUUUGUACAGGAAUAGUAAUUAUUUUAAAAAUAACAAGUAUGGACAAUUUGGUCAAAUACCUGCAGAUGACCAGAUUAUUAUCUUUAUGUGGUUUGUUGGGCACCAAACUGCUAGCUUUAGAGAUGUUGCAGAUCGCUUUAAUAUUACUCUGAGCUCUCUGCAUAGAAUUAUUGAACGAGUAACAUACUUUUUAAGCAACUAUUCACCCCAGAUUAUCAAAUGGCCUAAUAAUGAGCAAAAAAGAGAAUCAGAAAAGGCAUUCAGAGAGAAUGGAUUUCCAAUGGCCAUAGGGGCUAUCGAUGGUUGCCAUAUUAAAAUAGAUAAACCCGAUAAAGAUCCAGAUUCAUACAUCAAUAGAAAAGGAUAUUAUUCAAUACAAAUGCAGGUUGUAUGUGACCACAAAAACAAAAUUAUAGAUUUCUUUGCCGGUUAUCCUGGGUCCGUACAUGAUAGUAGGGUAUUUAGAAAUUCACCACUGUGUAAUUCUUUGCAAGCAAAAUGUGGUUCUUAUUUUUUGCUCGGUGAUAGCGGAUACCCAUUACAAAAUAAUUUAAUGACUCCAUUCAAGGAUAGAGGAAAAUUAACAAGAAGGCAAAUGAAAUACAAUUUAAAGUUGAGUCAAAAUAGAUAUAGGAUUGAACAUUGCUUUGGAAUCUUAAAACAAAAGUUUAGACAGCUAUAUCACUUAAAGUUUAGAAACAUUGUAAAAAUUGUCCAUUUUAUGCGAGCAUGUUGUGUUCUAUACAACAUUGCCCUUGAUGAUAAUUUUCUUGAAUUACUUGAUGAAACACCACCUCCAACCCAAGGUAUUAUGGAGAUUAUGGAGGAAGAGGACAUUGUGGAUGACUACAAUGCCAAAAUUAUUAGGGAUACAAUAGUAGCUGAACAUUUUAUUUAA